AUGACAGCCUCCGUCCUGUGUCGCCAUCGGGAGUGGAUCAGACUUCAAGAAGGGAAACUCACGGCCACCAGCCGCCUGGGCCAUAUUGUGAACGAUGAACUUCAGGCCGCAUCCGAGCAGUACCCUGGCCUGAUAACACUUGUGGGCGCACGAGCGAAAAACACAUGCCUCAAACACCUAUUUCCGUCCAGCCGUCGUAGAUAUCCCACCGCUAGCAUCAAUCUCGGCGUUGAAAGCGCGCUUUCCCCUAACCCACUCUUGUUUGUUGAUACUUCUACAUCCGCAAAGGAUAUCUCAGGCGUGGAUCAUGGGCUGCGCUCCCGCAACAGCUGUCAUGCGGAGACACCCUAUGUGAUCAGGUGGGCUUCAGAGCGUGACUUAUUUGACAUAUUCCAGGCAAGGCUGCUCUUUCUGUUCAGCGACGUCGUUUGUCUGUUUGCAGAUGACUUUCCGUCGAUUCAGGCAGUGGUGCAGAAGAUCACGACCUGGGUCGAAAUCGGCAACGCGUCGGACUUCCCAUCACAGGUAGAGGAGGCGCGCGAAGUCCGACGGAGUCAUCGUUGCCUUUUCUCUGCUCAACACAUCCUGGCAUUGUUCCAAAAAGCCAUUCAACACACCGCGGCCACAAUAACCGAACCUUGUAACUUCAUCGCAGCAGCAAUGUCCACUGACCGGGAGGCCUACGCAUAUCACCUGCGGACAUUCUCAAAACUCGCCACCAAACUCUCGCUUCCAGCUGACACUGUGGCGCAGCAUGUCUCUUCAUGCAUACUCGUUGAAUCUUAUCGGCCACGCAUGCACCACUUCUCUGCUCGUGCUGUAUUCCGUUCCCAGUACCACCACGAGACCCUGACAGUUCUAGAGGAAUUACAUCCAGGAGACCUCGCGGAGAGGAUGUGCAAUACAAUAGAGGAUCAUUUGGAGGAACUGCUAUUCCGAAUAGAACGAGAAAGUCGGUUGGCAGUCGCCUGCCAUCAAGAAAACCUCCAAUCACAGUGCGAAUCCUGGAAGCUCAUCAAGACAAACCUGACCUGCCUUGCAUGCUUGCACCGCGCCCCAGAACGGGUGAAAGCUUGUGGACACUCGAUAUGUGAUAUCUGUGUAAGAAGAUUCGGUCGGUCCUCUCCCGCGAGCAAGAACCGGUACUUGCUGGAUUCGUGCGUGCUCUGCCUCGCUCGUGGCGCCCUGACCGUCGAUAUGAAACCAAGGACCGCAGGCGUGCGAAUGCUCGGCAUCGACGGCGGUGGUUGUAGGGUAGUUAUGGCCAUUCAGUAUUUGACAGAGUUAGAAAAACUUCUCCACGGAUGCUUCUUACACGAGGUGUUUGAUAUCGUCUCUGGCACCAGCGCUGGGGGCCCGGUCUUGAUGCUGAUGUUCCGACACAAUCGUCCAGCAUCAUAUUGCGGCAAAACUGUGGACAAAGUCGCUCGGCGUUGUUUUGGUGAGCUGAAGGGACGUUGGAGGUUCCUUCGGGCUCUGCUCCGCUUCCUGCACCUGCGGGCCAUAUAUAGUGAAACAAGCCUCGAGGAUCUCCUAAAGGUCGAAUGCGGUGAUGGCGAGCGUCUCUUUGGCCAUGCCGAAAUUUCGGGCGUCCGGAUUGCGGUGACGGCGGUCUCGGACAGGGGUACCCGAUCUAUUCUCACUAACUACAAUGGCGCGGUCCAAAUACAGGACGAUAGAUACUCGCUUGUCCGGCCCCAAGACAUUGCGAAGGAGCCCUUGAUAUGGGAAGUGUGA